AUGUCGUCGUCCGGCUCUCCUGCCGCUCCUCCGACUUCAGUUGCGUCGUCUUUGCAGUCUUCACAUCCGCCCGCGCGAGAUGAGGGGAAGUUUGCUGAGUUGGUCGACUCGGCGUCCCGGGCUCGCGGGGUCAGCGAUGGGCAGAUGCACCCUGUCAUCGAUCUGACAACAUCCCGUGGGUUCGACCGGGAGUCCGAGCCGGCAUCUCGCACUUCUCAUCGCUGCUUGCCGAGUCCGCGUGGCGACACCACUUCGGACGCCGCCGACCUUGGUCGGUCGGACUCGGCUGGGCCGGUGAGUCUCGACUCUCUCGCUGCGCUGAUCCAUGCGCAGUCCGAGCAACGCCGCAUCGAGAACGCGGACUUGGCUCGGCUGUUGUCGUUCGUGAUCACUCGUCCCGCGCCGGUGGCUGAUAGAGAGCGCCAACCUUCAAGUCAAGCUAGUGACGUCGCUGCACUGAGGGUCGAGCUGGAGUCUGCUCGGACUAUUAACGCUGACUUGACUCGGCGGCUGGAUUCACAGGCGGCUGUGAUGGCCGACCUCGAGGAACGGUUGAAGACUGUCGAGGAGGAGCGUGACCGAUGGAAAGCCGAGUCGAAGAAGUCGUCCCCUCUUCUGACCAGCUUCCGGAAGGCGAUGGCCGAGUCUGAAGCUUCCUUGAAGUCGGCUCGCAAGUCUCAGGAUGAUAAAGUGAAGUCGGCUCUCGCUCACGCUAAGGAUCUCGGCAGGCAGCUCAGAGAACGCGACUCGGAGAUUGAGCGUUUGACUCAGCUUCUUUCGGCUCGUGACGCCGAGUACGCUGUGCUCCAGGGGAUCUCGACCAAGCACUUCGAGCAACUGCAGCCUCUCCGUGAUGCCAAGGCCACCAUCAAACACCAGCGUGAGGUCAUCCUCCGACAGACGCGUGUCCUUUCUCGCAUGGGUCUUUUACCCAUGCAUGAUCCUCACAUGGCUGCUGCAGCUGCAGCCGGGUUGGACGUGCCUGGGUUGAGCCCUGCUGACUUGCAGCUCAAUGCUCGGUUAUGCCGGAUCUUGGCUCAACGUUUCCCGGAGGUGAUGGACAUCCCGGCUGGAGAGACUCGCCGAGUUGAGUUGACCAUCCACCCGCGAGCGGACGGCGCUGCUACUACUCUGCCAGCGCCCGUGAGCUCAGCUGGUUCUUUCCUUGGACAAUCAACCCGGCUGACGGGGUCUGAGGCUCCGGCCCCUCCAAGCGAGUCUCCCGCAUCAUCUGCCGCCAAUCCUGUGUCGGCUGGUGCGGUUUCUACGCCCGUGUCCACUUCUGCUUCGCGCCGUCGCCGCAGCAAGUCGGUCGACCAGGUUCACCGAGCUCGGCUGGAUACUCUAACACCCACCGAAAAAUUACUUCGCUACUCAAACCCGAAGUCAGCGACGGCGGCUGGUUCUCAGCGCAAGCCCAAGAAGCCACGAGCAGCCGACGCGUUGGUCCAGCUUGAAAAGGCUGCCCAAGAGACUGACGCCGCAUGCGACCUAUCGCUCCGGUCGAGCUUGAACUUAGCCGGGUUGACUGUCGACGAUGUGAAUGUGGAGGCCGGCGACGAGGUUCACUCGCUGGAAGAGGACCUCUUGUUCGAGUUCACCGAAGUGCCUGGUUCCGCCGAGCUUCCGAGGGGGCCCGCCGGCCCGACCGUGAGUGUACCGCCCGUGCAACUCGUGCCUUACUCUUCCUCCCCGGUGCAGACGCCUUCAAGCGGAGUGGCUGUUGUAUCGUUGCCUGGAUCUGCUGACCUUGCUGCAACUCCGUCCGCUUUUUCUCUUCCUGCCUCGGUUCCGUUCCCGACUCGUGUCCAGUGGGUUCCUCCCUCGACCAGCGUGCCGAGCGCGGCUGUGGUGACAUCGACUGUCGGCGCCGGAGGACAACCGGGUUCCUCUGCUCCCGAUCCGGCGCUUGCUACAACGCAUGCUGUGAUUGCGCCGAGCUCGACGGCUGGAGUCUCGGCUGCGGUGUUGAACGCUCACUGCUUGGAUCUGUUAGAGACUCCUGACUAUCUCGUCCUCCGGUCCGCUCGGUGUAGCUCUUCCUCUGGUUCGUCGGGCUCGGCUCUUGGAUUGAAAGCUCCUGGAACCUCAGCACAUCCGUUGUCUGUGUCCGAGAGCUCUGAAUCUGAGGCUGACGACCCUGGAUCUGCUGACGAGCUCAGUUGGGCCGACCCUGACGCAUCUCGCCGGGCUUCGUUAGCUUCUGCGCUCCCACCUCCGCACGGGAAGAUCCAGAGCUACAUGGCUGCUCGUCAAUCGCCUCUCGUUCCGUCCAGCGAGUCAGGUGACUCAGACUCACAGCCGAGUUCCAAGAAGCAGAGCGGUAAGGGCAAGCGCAAGCGGAGGUGCAAGCACAAGCUCAAGCACAAGCACGGGCAUAAGCACAAACACAAGUCGAUGUCGAAGUCGAAGUCGGCAGGGUCAAAGAAGUCGAAGAGGUCUGCGUCUCCGGACUCGGCUAAGGACCCCCGCCCGUCCAAGCGUCAGCGAGGUUGGACUGGGGACUCGGCCGUCGAUCCGGCUGAGGUUUCGGCCGCUUCCAGCUCGACUAACAACUCGGCUGGGAGCUCUGGCAUCCCAUCGAGCUCGGCUGUUUCGCCGUCGCCUAUUUCUGCUGGUCCAGCUUCAACCCUGUCGGUGCCUAUCGUGACCGCUCAUGACGCUGGCGCCCACCUGCGCACUCGAGCUCGCCAGGCGGUCGGCCGAGAUGCCCGGAUCACUCCCCAGCUAGCUCAGCUGAGUGACAUCCGCUUCGUUCAUUACGGGUCUCGGCGGUGCUGGGAGGCAAUCCUCAGUCAUCAAACGGCCAAGGUCACUGUGGAUGACGCGUCGGCGAAGGGUAGUGUGCCGGUUACGCUCUGUUCCCUCGCUGAGAUUAAAGCGUUCGCGGACGUCUACCAUCCGGAUCACCCGGCUCAGCGGCUCCUUCGUCUGCUUCCCAAGACUCCUAUCUUCUUCUCCCCUCAAGUCCUCGACGAUGCCAAGCGCCGGUUGACGAACUCGGUGAAGUCGGUGACCUUGAUGGAGCGUCUCGCAGAAGUGUUCGUGAAGAUCCGCGGAGAGGCUCCGAACUCGGUUUGUGACAAAGAGGGUCCUACCAAGUUCUUCGUAGCACUGUUCGAGCGGUGUCACUGGAUGGUCGAGUCGAGUGUGCUGAUGGGGCUACAUCCGGCUUUUCACACGGGGCUCCCGUAUCACGUGAUAGCCGAGAUGUAUGACACGUGGGUGUUGUACAAGUUGGCUCGCAAGCGUCGAGGCGAUGCCCUCCGAAGUCUCAUGCCUAUCCUGCCGGACGACCUGUUCACUGCAGUGAUGAAGCUUCUCGGCGGGCUUGCUGCCCCGGAAAUUGACGCGGAGCUCUUCUUCGAGCCGUCGGUCCCGUUGUAUCCGCUGGUCAAUCUUGCUUGGAUUCCUGCGGGCAGAGACUGGUGUGCUGAAGCCGAGUCUAUAGACGACUCCGAGCCUUGGCGAGCUUGGUGGUUGACCGACCCAGCGACGCACCCGUACAACACCCGCUUCCGGACGCGUAACUUGGAAUUCAUGGUUUUCGCUCCCGCUGGUGUGGAUCCGCGCCUAGUCGAGGAUGCUGUCGACGAAGAUGUGGACCUCGACGAGCCUGCGCCUCCCCAGAUUUCGUCAAGUGCUCCGACUCCGGUCAACCGUGCAGGAAUCCACAUCUUCCAAGGUUGUGAAGCUGGUGAGCUCGGCUGGGCCGCUGGCGAUGCGGAUCCGGCGUCUCCGUUGAUCGGGUCGCCUAACGUGUGCGACCCUUCUCCCACGGCUUCCCUCUUUGGUUCGGCGUCACCUGGGUCUCCAGCUGAGUCGAGCGCAGGAUCGAGUGUCCCUCUGGCUAACAACUCGGCUAUUCCGGCUUCAAGCUCAGCGGACUCGGCUGUGCAGACUGCGGGAGCAGCGGAUAGCUCGGUCGGCUCAGCUACGAACACUGAAGGUUCGAUUGGUCUCCUCGCAGCGGCUGCUGCUACCGUCGUGUUCUCUGUCGCGCAUUCACAGGGUCCUUCGUCUUCGUAA